AUGGAUCUCAUCGAUGAUCGCGCAGUCCUCGACAAUGAAGAGGACGACGAAUCCUUCGACGAAGACACGGGCGAGGUGAGGGAAAAAACGAACGGAACAAACGGUGGCUUUGAUGAUUCCUCGGAGGAGGAGGAAGACGAUGACGACGAAGAGGCUGCGGCAGAGGUCGCCAAAGAUUUCAUUGUCGAUGAAGACGAAGAAGACGAAGAGGCCAGGCGGGAGCGACGGCGUGAACGAAAGAAGCGCAGACGCGAAGAACGUGAAGAUGAAGGACUCGAUGAAGAAGAUCUCGAGCUGAUCGGAUUAAAACCCACGGAAGAAGCUCCUGAGCCGAAAUUCAAACGUCUCAAGCGUGGCCCCCGGGAAGAUCGUGAUGUUCAACAACCUGCUGGCGUCAACGAGAUUUUCGGUCAAUCUGACGAAGAGGAAGAAACUGUCGAUUACACGCGCCGGAGUCGUCCCGAUCGACGAGGCCUGCAGGACGAAUUCGAGGAUUUCAUCGAAGAAGAUGUCUUCUCCGAUGAAGAACAGCAACGGCAACGCGAAGACGAGGAGGUGGCGCGCCCAAAUCGAAGAGGUCUCCCAGACUUGGGCAUCGCAGAUGCAGCCGGGUUGGACGAACAGGCGCUCGAAGAUUUCCGUGCUGCCUUCGGCGAUGGGACUGACUAUGACUUUGCUCUCGAAAAGGAAGAAGAGGCGGAUGAGGUGGAAGCCGAAAAGGACAAGCAUCUUGACCUCAAGGAUGUGUUUGAGCCGUCGCAGCUGGCAGAGAAGAUGUUGACCGACGAAGACAACCUUAUCCGCCACGCCGAUGAGCCAGAGCGCCACCAGCUUGCCAGGAAGCCGUAUCGACAUGUGGAAUUGACCGAGGACGAGUUCAAAGAAGAAGCCAGCUGGAUAGCUAAUCUUAUGCUCCCUGGAAAACAGUUCACGUCCGACCUCCAAGAGCCUUUCAGGCGAGCCAUUGGUCAGGUACUGGAGUUCAUGGUGCGGGAUGAUUAUGAGGUCCCCUUCAUCUUCCAAAAUCGCAAAGACUAUUUGCUCCAUGUCGUUCAAAAAGUCGUCGGGAGGGACGAAGAUGGCAACGAACGGACAGUCGCAGACGCAACCCGCUUACUCGUCCAACGCGAUCUAUGGCAGAUCUUUGAGCACGACCUGAAAUACCGAGCCUUGAUUGAAAAGAGGCAGGCGCUGCAGAAGACAUACGAUGAUCUGAGAUCUGCUAACGUCCCCGAGGACAGUAUGUUCCAAGAAAUGCUCCCGUUAGCAGCUACCAUGGAAGAACUUCAGGAUCUCCAGGACUAUCUCUAUUUCCAGUAUGCUUCGCAGCUCAAAGAUAUGGCGUUGACCUCGAAUGGCGAGACGAAUGGUAUCAACAUGUCUCAGAAGAAAGCGUCCACCAGGACGGUCUAUGAGGAAAUCCGAGCUUCCAAGGCGUUUGGUCUUGUCCGCGCUUUCGGCAUCACUGCGGACGGUUUCGCACAGAAUGCUGCUCGGCAAGGCGUCCGAACAUACGCAGAAGAUCCCAGCGAUAGCCCGGAGAACCUGGCAGACACAAUGAUCGACGAAGAAUUCCCAACCGGCACAAAGGUUCUCAAGGCAGCAAAGUCUAUGUUUACAGAGGAGCUCACCACCAACCCAAGAUUCCGAGGUUUAAUCAGAAGGAACGUGUACAUCGACGGUGUCAUAGAUUGCCAUCGCACCGAAAAAGGCCUGAAAAAGAUUGACGAACAACAUCCAUACUACGAGUUCAAAUACCUGCGGAAUCAGGACUUUCGGUCAUUCUCUCAGCGGCCUGAUCUAUUCUUGAAGAUGCUCAAAGCCGAAGAAGAAGGUCUGAUUGAGGUCAUAGUCAGAUUGCAGAACCCCGACAACUUCAAAAAACAGCUCUACAAGUACAUCGAGACGGAUAACUACUCCACUACCGCGGAUGCCUGGAAUGCAGAGCGACGCGACGUCGUCUCUGCUGCGGUGGAUAAAGUGAUGAAGCUUAUGGGUCGAUUGGUCAAGGAGAAUCUCAAGGAACAGUGCGAGAACGCCAUUGGCAUUGAGUGCCGCGAAGAAUUCAACCAGAGACUCGAUCAAGCUCCGUAUCAACCAAGAGGUAUGAAGAAGGGGACGACACCGCGUGUUCUUACGCUGUCUAAUGGCGGCGGGACUGUGGGGCGCGACCCGAUUUAUUGGGCAUAUGUCAACGACGACGGCAGAGUCCUCGAACAUGGUCAGUUUAAGGAACUAGGCCCUGGCGAUCGCGAACGUGGUCUUCCCGACGGCAAAGAUGUCGAAGCGCUGCUCGAGGUCAUCAAGAGGAGAGAACCUGAAGUCAUUGGAGUGUCUGGGUGGAGCCCCGAAACCCGCAAACUUCAGUCAAAUCUUGCGACGUUGGUCAGCAAUCAUGAUCUCCGAGGGCCCGUCUUCGCGGAUGAAGAUGACAGAGAUCGAAGCGAGCUUCUAGAGGUGAUCAUGGUCAACGACGAGGUUGCUCGAAUGUACCAGACCAGCGAUCGGGCGAAACACGACCAUCCUGGGUUUCCUCAACUGGCUCUGUACUGUGUCGCUCUGGCUAGGUACAUGCAAGACCCUCUCAAGGAAUACGCCGCCCUGGGACGAGACAUUGUAUCCAUCAGUUUUCAUCCGGCCCAAAAUUUCCUGCCUCAGGAGAAGCUUUUGAAGAAGCUGGAAAUGGCUUUGGUUGACACUGUGAACAUGGUCGGAGUGGACAUCAACGAAGCCACCAGCGAUAGUGCCAUUGCAAACCUCCUGCCAUAUGUGGCUGGAUUGGGUCCGAGAAAAGCUUCGCAUCUCUUGAAGGUGAUGAAUCUCAAUGGAGGAGUCAUCACUACUCGCGAAGACCUACUCGGCCUCAAUGACAAACACUCCGCAAUGGGCUUCAAAGUGUGGAGCAACGCGGCAGCCACGUUAUACAUACCGUUUGAACCAUCAGAGCCGACGUCGGAAUAUCUGGAUGGCACGCGUGUGCAUCCGGAAGACUAUGAUAUUGCUCGCAAAAUGGCGGCUGAUGCGCUCGAGCUUGACGAGGAAGAUAUCGAAGCUGAGCGACAGGAAGGAGGAUCCGCAGCUAUCGUACGCCGUCUUAUCCGUGAAGAAGCCCAGGAACGUGUCAAUGAUCUCGUUCUCGAGGAGUACGCCGAACAACUGGAGAAGAAUCUGAAUGCCAAGAAGCGCACCACGUUGGAGAACAUCCGAGCGGAACUCAAUGAACCCUAUGAAGAGCUCCGAAAUCCCUUCCGCAGCAAUCUAGGAGAAUCGGAGAUCUUCACGAUGUUGACCGGUGAGACGAGGGAAUCUCUACAACGAGGGAUGAACGUCCCGAUUUCCUUGAAGCGGAUCACAGAUACCCACGUCGAGGGUAAGCUGGAUUGUGGCUUGACUGCAGUUGUCGAGGAUGGUCAAUGGUCGGAUACUGGGAUGUCACCGAAGCAAUUGUACACGCUGCACCAGACCGUGCAAGCCCACAUCACUUCGAUCAAUCGGAAAGACUUCAGCGCCACGGUGAGCUUGAGAGAUGACCAGCUGAAGAAGCCUUUCAAGAGGUACAACCAUAACGACCGGAACUACGAUGAGUGGGAUGACCGUGAAGAGGCCAAGGACAGGAAACUGUUGGAAGAGAAGGCCGACUCGGGAAGCCGAGCCACUCGCGUGGUCAAGCACCCUCUCUUCCGCCCGUUCAACGCCAAACAGGCCGAAGAGUAUUUGGCCAACCAAAACCGCGGCGAUGUUGUGAUUCGGCCGUCGUCCAAGGGAACAGACCAUCUCGCCGUGACGUGGAAGGUCGCAGAUGGCAUCUUUCAGCACAUCGACGUGCUUGAACUCGACAAGGAGAACGAGUUUGCUUUGGGCAGGACUUUGCGGAUUGGAGGACGGUACAACUACUCCGACUUGGACGAGUUGAUCGUGUUACACGUCAAGGCCAUGGCACGGAAAGUGGACGAGAUGUGCGGCAACGAGAAAUUCCAGGACAAGUCCAAGGCGGCCCUAGAGGAGUGGUUGACCACAUACACCAACGCGAAUCCCAAACGGUCCAUGUAUCAGUUCUGCAUCAACCGAGAGCGGCCAGGCCAGUUUCAUCUGGUGUUCAAGGCCGGGCAGAAUGCGAAGUUGAUGGACUGGAGCGUCCGAGUGAUUCCACAAGGGUUUGAACUGAUGAAGCAACCGUAUCCCACGAUGCGGGAUUUGUGCAACGGGUUCAAGCUCAUCUUCCAGAACAUGCAUCAAGCAGCAGCUAUGGGUAGGGGAGGGAGAAGAUGA